AUGGAAGAUGAGCCCCGUGUGACUCCCCGCCAGAUCUGGGCGAAUCCGACCUCAACCACGACCCAUACGUAUGCCUCCGGGUGUACACCAUUCGUUUUGCCUAGCGAAGGGAUUAUACAUAUCAACAGCUCGUAUGCCCUGACGCUGAGCGGAAAUGCCGUCUACGAGCCUGUUUGCACCGGUGACCCGACCGAUUAUGUCCAUGUGUCCGCGGUUCUGGACACACGCGACCCGUUCUACUCCUCCGUCACGCCACAACUAUACGCCAUCGGCUGUGCGACUGUGGUCAGCUACGUCCUCGUCAUCAUCCUCUUCAUCACUCCGCGCACGUUUUACGUCGGUGGCCCCGGCGGCGGCGCGAACUUCCUCGGACGCCACGGCAUGAUAAGCAGCUCCUACAGCGGAAACUCAUCAGUUGUUGGAGUCGGCGGGCGGCCAUGGCUGCAGAAAGUGGCCGCGGUUCUUGUCGCCAUAUCGCUGACGAUUGCCACGGUGGACUCGUUUAAAGUCGCCGAGCGCCAGUAUGGCUAUGGGUACUCGGAUGCCGAAGCGCUUUCGGAGGAAGUUAUCGACGGCACGGAGAUCCGCAUCGUGCGCGUGAUUUCGAGCACGUUCCUCUGGCUGGCGCAGGUUCAGACGCUGAUUCGGCUGUUUCCGCGACAUAAGGAAAAAGUCAUGAUUAAAUGGGCGGGCUUUGCGCUGAUUGUGCUUGACACGACGUUCAGUUGCUUAGAGAACUUCAUGGUUAAGAAUACAUCGACACGCCCGCGGCUAUACGACGAUGCGAUUCCCGCGCUGAGCUACUUGUUUGAAUUAGCGCUCAAUCUGUUAUAUGCAGCAUGGGUCAUCUUCUAUUCGAUUUCGAAACACCACUAUGCGUUCUUUCACCCCAAGAUGCGCAAUAUCUGCUUUGUGGCGCUUUUAUCGCUCUCUGCGAUUUUGAUCCCGGUUGUGUUCUUCGUUUUGGAUAUCGCGAAACCCGAGAUUGCUGGGUGGGGUACGUAUAUCCGAUGGGUUGGUUCAGCUGCGGCUAGUGUGGUGGUGUGGGAAUGGGUGGAGCGUAUAGAAGCGCUCGAACGAGAUGAGACGAAGGAUGGAAUUCUGGGCAGAGAGGUCUUCGAUGGGGACGAGAUGCUGGAGGUCACGCCAUCAGAAGAGGUUGACUGGCCGCGCUAUUCGUCUCAAGGACAUGACAAGGGAGGCGGCGGUGUAUCAUCCGGCUGGGGAGGAAUGAUAAGCCUGGCUGGUCGUCCACUGCGCACUCGAGUCGGCAUUCCUCGUGGAAACCGGAAUCGGGGCAUGGGAGUGCUGGGCCAGAGGCCUAACAAUACCGCCGCGCCGCCCCGACAGAACCCUCACCCUACUCCACCACCGAAUGUAGUGACUCCCAUCAGCCGGGCUGAUACGACCAGUGCCGCAAGCACAGUGUACAAUGUUCGCUACCACCCAGUGGCGAGCCCAACACCACCGGUGACAAUGCCACACAUGGAAGAAGAAGACGAGCUGAAAGAGCCGAAAGACAUGGAAAUCGAAGGGGCACAAGCCCCCCACGCUGCUGAGCAUAUCAUCUCAGCCCACGACACCAGAGAAGAAUCACCGCAGAUUGUCCACCCCGAUCCACGGUGGCGCAACCUGCUCAAUCCAUUCAAGAGGAGACGUGCGUCUUUGCCAAAGGAGGUUGCCUCCGCCCAAGCUGGCGAGGAACACGGCCAGGAACACGGCGAGGAUGAUCGUGACUCCGAUUCAUUCGAGAAUGCCCCUGAGCAACAUCCCGCACAGCCGCGAGGCAACCUUUUCUUUUCGCUUCACCUCAAGGGCCCUUCUGGCGCGGGAUCUCAAAAUGGCGAUGUUCCAUUGCCUGUUACAGUCAUCCCCGCUCGACGGCGAGGCCAGCAGCACACCUGGUCACCCCAGAACCGGCUUCUGGAGCCCGCCGCGGCUUACGAGCCCCGGCCCGGCCGCUCUGAUCUGCCUGUGAGGGUCAUCCCCUCCCAACCGCAGGCUUCUGCUCCAUGGACGGACGCAGACCUUGAGAACGGCGAUGGGGAUUAUACCUUGCGCUAUGAUCCGGAGGCCGCUGCCUUGAUCGAUGAGAAUGUGAGCCAUCCCCGGGAAGAGCACACUGUUAUUGGUGACCAGGCCAGCUGGACAGAAACGACGGUUUCAGACGAGAGGAAUGAUACACUGUCUGGUCAACCGGAUAGAGAGCAGCAUGGUGAUAGUGAUGGCCAUGGUGCCUCCUGA